AUGGUAGCGAAUAUCCUGGCUGAAAAGAUUCAAGAAGAAGUCCAAGAGUGCGUCAAGGCUCUUGCAGAAAAGAAAGGUCAACCCCUGGACCUGACCCGAAUGACCCAGGUCACCGUCUCUAACAACAUCUGCUCCAUUGUCUUUGGCAAACGCUUUGAGUACGAGGAUCCCUUUUUCAAGAGAUAUCGUUCAAGCUGUCGACGAAAUCCUCAAAGAAGGAGGGUCAAUGUCUCUAGCGAAGAAUAUUCCCAGUUUUACGAUUUGUGCCAGGGGAUCCUCUCGGGAUGCAGAAAAUUGUACGAGGACGUCUCCACGGUCCUGAACACACUGGUCAAACCUUUCAUCGACCGCCACGUCGAAGAGUACAACGAGGAUUCUGUUGACGAUUUUAUCAGCGCCUAUAUCAAAGAGGUUGGGAAAAAUGUUUUUGGCAUGUAG